GAGAGAACAAAAAUACACACCAUAAAACUUUGUGACUCGUUAGUCUUGAACGCGCUAUAAGUAGCUAUUGCAUUACGGCCGAAACUCGCUUGAGUUCUAUUACUUCCGAGUCCAACAGAAUCAUUAUAAACUUGCAAUAUGUUUUCGCACUUCAGAAGUUUAUAUAUCAAUCCGUACGUAGAGCAAUAUGCAACCCGCGGUAGCGCAGACUCGCAAGAAACAUGUCUGCGACUAAUACCUUCAGUUGUAAAACUUUCGUGCAAGCAUAUCUGGCCGCCGCGGAGUCAGCGACAGAACUCCGUGCUAAUUCUGUUCAACGUUCGAUAUUCAACUGGCAACUGCUACUUUCUGGGAAGAGCGCCAUCAUACACGCUCACAGGAUUAUGGGGUGCGCCAGCAGCUACCAGCGCCUCCUCAGGACACCUGGGUCAAGGUUGGCAGUGCCAAUCUGCCCCCUUCCUGAAGACCUCCAAGAUUCGAACUUCCUCCACGUUGAAGCCUCGGAUUCUUCUAAAACUAUCACCGUAGUGGAUGGGACCUUUUCGCUUCCUAGGUCAAGUUUGGCAAAGCCAAUUCGGCCUCUUCCUGAAGAAUAUACAAAUUCGGAGCUGCAAGUUGAAGUCCUGGAUCCUUCUAAAACCAUACCCACAUCGGUUGGGAUAUUCUCGCUUCCUGCAGAGUUGAUAUGUCACAUUCUACUUCUCCUUCAUUUCAAGGAUCUUUCGUGUUGUGUAUUAGUCCGUUCUUCCGUGUGGCUUUAUGGUUCCUAUGGGCCGACUUUUGGAUUACGCCAGGCCUGCAAAACCUUCUGGCAUGUGGCCCAGAAUUUCGCCGACAUUCAAUGCCUAUUCGAGCUCUAUGCUCAGGGCUUCACGGAGACUCCUAACUCGGACUGGGUCGACGUUUCUAGCAAGAUGUAUUCACCCAAGAGAUUGGCAUCCAUGUGGCGGUCUGACUUCCAUUUGAACCCCAUUUUUGAAGUCACAGUGGCGGUUGACAUCUCCGACGACUCUCUUGACAUGCAAUCCGUGAAGUGUGGGCUUUGGUGGAUGUACGCUGACUGUGGACUCUUCAUUCGGGGGUGUGAUACAAACACCAAACCAACCCAGAUGUGUCUGAAGCAGAGAUAUACCUUGCUGGCAGACAUGCCCUCUCACACGAGAUCAGUUGUCGUUGACCCUCUUCAGGACCUUGCGGUCGCAGCGUCGUACGAGGCCCUUCAUGGGCAAGAUCGCCACGUCUUUUCGGUGGCAUUUCGGUUGGCUUCGUCACAACGUUCACAUCCAGGUUCUGCAUGCACUUCCUUGAAGUGUGAGCAUCCUUGUUACAUAGUACCUGAUCAAUUUUUUCACUUUGUGGGUCGGCCUGCGAUCUGUGGGGAUCGUGUAGUGGUACUCUAUUACACGAGUGACUUCAAUUCACUGGGGAGAUUAUCGGCGUCGAACAUCUUCAUACAAGUGAUAGAUUGGAGGAAAGGACGUGCGAAGGGUUAUCCCUUAUAUGAAUUAGGUGGUAGUGAGGCAAGUUUCCAUCUACUUGACGAACAUAGGAUCAUUGUCGUCGGUCCGGAAGGCCGUAUGGCCUUGUACACAUUCCCAGAACUCGAUGGUCUGCCUCAGUGCCGAAUUGCGUAUGUUCUUCCGAACGUGCGACGCCCUGGCAUCUAUUUCAAUCCAGGACAAAUGAGCGUCAGACCGAUCUAUGUGAUCCAUGCCUCCCCAUCGUUCCACGGUGCGGCGGCUCGCUCAAACCUUAUGCCCGACUACGUGACCUCUACGGAGUCACAAAUCAUGGUUUUGGAGGUCUUGUCGCGCUCAUUGCAGGUGAUUUUAGUCGUCGAUAUGGCCAUUUUCUCAAUAUCCGUCGAGAUUCCCUGGUCGGAGUGGGGACCCAAAUACGCACGCUGCUUUCCGCAUCAUCCAAGCCACCGAAUCAGCGUAUUCGGUAGCAAAAUGGCAUGUGCUCUGCCUCAGGAUCGUACCCCUGAACCUGGACAAAGGCUGGAAGAACUCCCUGCCGAGGGUUCCUUCUAUGUGCACAUCUGGGACUUCAAUAGAACCAUUGCUCACUCGGAACGUUCGGAUAAUGUCUACGAUUGCAAUUCACCAGAUCGUCUCAUCCGCAGACCCGGUCGGCUGGCUCAGACGUGCUUCAACGAAGACGAUGGAGACAUUAUCACGAAUCAUCCUUACACUACUGCUGUCUGCCCCACGGGUUUCUCGACGCGUUACUUUGACCGGUUUUUUUUGGAACAGGAUCGACUUACUUUAAUAUGGGAAUGUCUUAACGUGAUUAAACUACAGGCUCGCCCUAGCUCGGUUCAGAUUCAAGUCGUUUCCCCCUCGCCGAUGAUGCCAGCUUCUGAGGUUGGCCCCGACAUUGAACAGGGCCGAGUAACUCAUAGCCCAGAGCUGCAGCAGACAAAGAAAAUGCAAGCUCGCUACAAGACGAGCAUCCUUGGACUAUUCUACCCACUGAGUAAGUUGUGGAGACGACCGAGACACCUCAAAUAGACAGUCCCUACUCUGGAACUUGGAUGCUCCAUUUAUUUCUUCAAACGAGCAGACGAGGAUCGGGGCUAAUGUUGUUUGAAUCAACUAUCGAGUAUACCCUCUUUUUUUUGUCUUUUAACUCACGCUCGCUACAUUGCUGCACCCCAUUGUUAGAAUUUGUCAUACACAGUAAUUCCAAGUACCUACCCUCGUUUUGUCUCUUUCCUCUGGUCUCUUAUAUAUGUGAUUCCCCACCCUCGUUCAAAUUUACCCUCAGUCCCUUGCAUGACCUGGGGGUGCGUCAUACACUACGAUACUAUACUUGUUACUGGACUUGCACUGAAGACCCACCGAGUCCGUUAUGUUUAGUGUUUUAAAAGGAUAUUCAUUUGCGAGAUUCAAAACCGUCUCCUGCGCAGCCCC